CACCCAAAAAUUAAAAAUUAUAUCAUUAAUGCGUAAUAUUUAUUACCUUUCAAAGAAUAAUCAAGCUAUAAAUCUAUAUCCAGCUUUAUGUCAAUUAGAGCAAUUACAACUAAAAAAUUGUAAUGAGCUUUAUAUUGAAAAUGAUCCUAUUGUAUUAAAAUCAGUUGAUGAUGAAAUAUCUAGUUUAAAUAAGCAAGAAUAUACUUCAUAUGAAAAUUCAAUAUCUGGACGUACAUUUCUUGCAUCAAUAGCAUUUGUUAUAGAAUAUGAAAUAAUUCAAGAAUUAAUUAAAGCAAAAAAUUGGAGUAUUUUAGUUGAUGAAAGUACUUCAUUUACUGCUAAACAUCUUGCAAUUAUAACUAAAUAUCUUAUUAACAAUAAACCAAUUUUACGGUAUCUUGGGAUAAUUGAAUUUACUAAUUGUGAUGCAAAAUCAAUUACUGAAGAUCUUGAAAGAUUUAUAAUUGCAAAAUCACUUAAUAUCAAAAAUAUAUUUCAUUUUGGAAGUGACGGUGCUA